AUGCAACAGGAUUACAGGUAUCCACCUCCUUUCAGAAUCAUCCAAGGACGGACCAUACCACAGAGAAAAAAACGGAAGAUCAUUGGGGAGUUGCUAAUCAUUGAAGGAGAAUACUCAUCUGAGCGUUCAGCUGAAGUGAAGGUCUUCAACGACCCCAUUCAUGGUCAAAUGGAGCUGCACCCACUGCUGGUGAAGAUCAUUGACACUCCUCAGUUUCAGAGACUGAGACACAUUAAACAGCUGGGAACUAAAUAUCUGGUGUAUCCUGGAGCCACUCACACUCGCUUUGAACACUCUCUUGGCGUGGCGUAUUUAGCAAGAUGUCUUCUCAAGACUCUACGUGAGAAUCAGCCGGAGCUCAACAUUACUGAACGGGAUUUCCUGUGUGUUCAGAUCGCUGCUCUUUGCCAUGACAUGGGUCAUGGUCCGUUCUCUCAUUUGUUUGAUGGCAUGUUCAUCCCAGAAGUCCAGCCUGAUGAUAAGCAUUGGGAGCAUGAGAAGGCGUCUGUUGACAUGUUUCACUGCAUGAGAAAGAAGAACGGACUGGACAAAGAGAUGGAACGCUACGGAUUGAAUCUAGAUGAAGACAUCAAAUUUAUUGAGGAAUUAAUUCUGAAAGGAAAAAAGGAUGGCCAGGUAAAACCGUGUUUAAGCUGCUGUUUCAGCAUUUAUCAGGAUACAGCGUUUAAGUUCAAAAUAUUUCCCAUCUUGCAGUGGUUAAUGAAGGGCAGGACUGAGGACAAGUCUUUCCUGUAUGAGAUUGUGGCAAAUAAAGUGAACGGCGUUGAUGUCGACAAAUGGGACUAUUUGGUUCGAGAUUGUUAUUAUCUCGGCAUUCCAUGUGGUUUUGACUCUCAGCGUCUGCUGAAAUCUGCUCGAGUGUGUGAGGUGAAUGGAAGAAAACACAUCUGCUUCAGAGACAAGGUGGCUGAUAAUGUUUAUGGGAUGUUUCACACCAGAUACACUCUUCAUCGUCAGGCUCUUCAGCACAAGAUCGGCUACAUCAUUGAUGUCAAGAUCAAUGAAGCCCUCAUGCUAGCUGAUGGCAAGCUGAGGAUCUCAAAAGCCAAAGAUAACAUGCUGGGAUACACCGAACUCACAGAUCACAUAUUUGAUGAAAUCUUGAGCCAGCGAGUUAGUCCUUUGUUUGUUGGAGAGGCCCGACUCAAUGAAACUAAAUUAAAGGAGAAACUGAAGGACAGAAGGAGAGAAGUGUUUCAGGAAGAACUGCAGAAUAAAUGGAGGGAAAGGGUAGAGGACUACAACCGGUCUAACAGCCCAGAACUAAAGCCUGAUGACUUUGACAUUAAUGUGACCGAUCUCAAGAUGAAGAAGUUUCCUAAAUGGCUUGUUAGAGUGUACCACAAAACAGAUGUUGCUCAAGAGGUCCAGAAGACAGCUCAGGAAUGCUUUCAUGAGUGGUGCAGAGAUGAGUUUAUUGAUUCCGGAGAUACAACAGACCAUCUGGCUGAAGCCCGGAAGAUUCUACUAAAUAUUGUCAAAAGACGUCUGCCAAAGUGUAUUGGAGAGGCGCGACUGAAAGAAGAAGGAUUAAAGGUAAGUUGGCAGAACACUGGGAGAAGACUGUUGGAGAUUUUAAAACCACUCAGACUGAUGUGGACUGCACAGUUUAUGGUUGUGAAUGCAUAA